CUUUCGUCUCUUCCUGGGUCUCCUCUCACAUGGCCAGAGGAAGACAGAAAUGCAGCCUCAGGUGUUUCUCUCCAAAUGCGUACACGGUUGUGCCGCCUUGUUCUUCACUCGGAAGACAACUUAAACUUCCAGAGAAAUCUAAUGGACAAUCUCUAUAACAGAUGGUAACAAAAAAUAAUCCAGAUGGGGUGCAGGUGCUGUAAAAUGAUACAAAGCUAUUUCUUCGAUCCAGUUCAAGUGCCCUCCCCUGGCUACGUCAACGAAGUGAGCAGCUGCAAGUUAGACGAAGACGGCACCGUUAAAUUAAAAGGCAAACAGAGCCCCGAAGUCCUGGUGCAUAAAAAUGCGGUGCCGAGAGAGGGUCUGAAGAGGACAGUGAGCAGAAGCAGAACAGCUGGUCCGCAGGAGCCCUGCUGGCCUCACCAAGGAGCACUCCCUCAAGGGGACACAGGAGGGGGACCCUAUGCAGUGAAGACUGGCGGUACCAUCAAUGGCAUUGGCCCCGCGGCAGCUCUGCAGCCCACUGAGGACCCUGGGUCCCACCAGGGUGGCUGGGGGUCCUGGGCCAGUACCGCGGACAGCAUGCAACCGAUGCAACCCUUUCUCGACGGAGGGGGCACCAGGGCACAGGCCUCUGCUCUGCCGGACUCAGAAGAGAGCCGGGUCACCCACAAUGGAGACGCUCGAGCCCCUUCCGAGGCAGAAUGCCCUGCCGUGGAAGUACAAGACCAUGUCCUCCAGAUACCAGCCCCAGAUUACCCUCAACGUUGGGGCUCAGCUGGAGACAACGGGGAUCACGAAGAAAAGGAUUGCCUUUUCAGGAGCCGUACGGAGGAGGAGCCCCUGGAGGGAAUGCGCCCCGGGGUGGGGGAGCAGGGUUGGAAUAUGCCCUUCUCCGUGAAGAGAAGCUGGGAUUCAUUAAACGAGGCCGUGGCCGCAGAGGUCCUUAGCGUCUACUUGAAAGAGGGUCCUGCCCAGGCCGCGUCUGGGGUUGAUUCGAGAAAUGGGUCAGAGGAUGCCCACGGCUCCGCGGGAGACAGGAGUGGGGAGACAGCGGACGAGGACGCGGAGGUGGCAGAAGCCCUCGCAGCUCUCGAAGCGGCGACUGCAGGAGAAGACGUGGACGAGGUGGAUUAGGGGAGAGGCUUCACGCAGGCCAGGGAGCUAGUGUCACACGGGCGUUUCCAGAUGUGUUUGCUUCCUCGUGGUCGCUGAGCUGAUCCCCUGCUACGCGCAGGGGUGCAGCUUUACCAGUUGUUUACAGCCAGCAUCUGUUCUGAUGAUUGUGAGUUUGUCGAAUAUUGAGAGCAUCCCUGUGGAGACGGGCUGUCACUCAGGACUUGAGAACAAAACCCAGAGUAGGUCAUGGUGCCAGGUGGCUAGAAAUUAAACAGCCUGUUGCCAACCCACAAAGCUUCCCUGCACCCCGGGAAUGUCUGGUACAGGUGUUCUUGAGAAUGCCCUGAAAUCCCAGCGCUUAAUCCCAAGAGCACAGACUCACAGAACCUUCUGUUUGACUGUCAAUUCUUCAUCUUGCCUUUGAGAGCCAAACGUUGUUGGACGCAAACUGGAAAAGGUAACUACCCCCACUUAAAGUGCCUAUUGUGUCAUCAGAGCAUGGCUUACCUUCAGGGACAAUCACCCAGGGAACUAAUAACUAACCACUUGUUUGACAGCUUGUUAAGCUCAGCGGCUUUCAGGGUGGAGCUGCAGCCACUAGUAAACAAAUGGUUAGUUAUUAGCUAUGGUAUCAAGAUACCUUGACCUUAACUUUUUUACAUUAUUACUUUUUAAAUCUCCUUUGGGAUAGGGGAGGCUGGUCAAAAUAAUUCUUAAAACUGCUUGUCAUAUUUGGGUUUGAAGUUCAUGAGAUUUGGAACCGCAAAGAGAUAUAUGGAGUGUUUUAUGCCAUUUAAUGUCUGAUUCUGAUUAAAAUACAACAACAUAUACGGCUGCCUGUCAUAAGUCAAUGGUGGUUCUAAUUUUCCCAGACUGAGUGUCAAUGACCCUUGAUGUUUCUUUCAAUUUAAAGAGCUAGACUACUAAAACCACAGUUGAGGAGGAGACCAGGUCGGUUUGCUGAGAAGGGCUUUGGCUCUCUGUCCCUGGGGUCCAAGCUCUCAACACCAUGACUACGUACAUGUGCCUUAAGGAUGAACAAGCCUGCUCUGGGUUUCAGCCUUCUAAUUUAUACAAAACAGGGACAGCCAUUCUACAUGGCUUGAUGGAAAAUAUAUAGGAUGAUCAAGACUAGAAAAAAAAAGAAACAUGGAAGAUGCUUUAGUACGGUGUUUCAUAACAAGCUCUGAAAUCGGACUGGCCUUGGUUUGAUUUCUAGCUUUGCCACGUGACCUUGGCCAAGUAAUUUAUCCCCUCUAUUUGCCUAUCUGUUAAGUGAGAAUAAUAAUAGUAUGCCCUCAUAAAGAUGAAACAAGAUUGUGCAGGUGUUUUCAGCACAAUGCCUGGCACACAGCAAGCACGCAAUAAAAUGAUAAGUCUUAUUAAUUAAAAACAUAAUCUUUAAAUGAAUUUUUAUAUCCUCACAGCUGAAAACUCUAAUACUGUGAAGUAUCUACACCGUCAUCACUGCAUUUUGGUAAUCAUUCAACAUAAAACAUGAUUUCUGAGCCUUCCAGCAUCUUUAAGUAUGGUACCCUUGCAAAUGCUUAACAGACAUACGUACAUUACCCUGGAUUUGUUUGGUGACAAGCCGUCUCUACAUACAAGGCUACUCAGAGCCCUUAAAAGAUAAACUGUCGCCAUUGUUAAUUGCAUUGUAGAUACGUUUGCUAUUGUAUUUAGUACACCAAGUGCUUACUAUUUCAGAGUGUUUCCUUCAACAGUUUCCCAGGUAUAUCUGCUGAGAUUAGGUCCCACCUGUGAUAAAAGGCUUAUAAAAAUAAAGAUUUACCUCUUAGUAAAAAAAAGUCUGGAUGUAGCAUUUCAGACUGGUAGUGUGUUCCAUGGUAUCAGUGACACAUGUUCCUUCUGUUAUCUUGGCUUCCUUCUCAAGAUCACUUUGUAGUCCACAAUGGCUGCUGGGACUCCAGUCAUUACAUUUGCUUUCUAUGUAGGAAAAACAAUAAAGGUUCAGAAUAUCUCCCUCUCUAUGAAGGACCUCCUGGAGGUAUCAUUCAACCCUUCCAUUUGCACCUCAUUGGUCAACAUCUAGUCUCUUGGUCACAUCUAGCUGCAAGGAAGGCUAAGAAAAUUUAUCUUUCUAGCUGUGUGUAUGGCUUUCCCAAAUAAAUUCAGGAUUCAGCUAUUGAGAGGAGUAAAACAGACACUGAGUUUGGAGGUGGUCAGCUUACAGUGUUUACCACUCAGGUCCUCAAAACACAAAAGCCAGGGAUAGAGUCAGUCUGUAAGAGGAUGGAAGAUAAUAUUUACAUUUAGUCGAACACAGUGCGGUUUAAACUUCUGGUCCAGGGGAAGGAAGACUGGACCUCUACAGCCAUCUCAACUUCCCGCUGGUAUCUCAAACAGAAGAAUGAGAGAAAAAAAUUCAAAUGAGAGGGGUAGGUGAGGUCCUAGUGCCGACAACUCUCUUUCCCUUGCACAGAAACACACUUCUGCAUUUACAUAUGUACAUUAUUUUACAUUUGAAGACUGCUGCAAAUAUUUUACCAUGAUUAGCAACUCCUCUAAGUUUUGAGGAUUCUUUUCUGUGCAAAUAAUUGCUUCAAAAAGAUUAACAGAAGACCAAGGAUUUCAAGUUUUUUGUUUGUUUUGUUUUGUUUUGUUUUCUUCUUUUGUUUGUUUAUGUCAAUCCUGGCCACUUUUGUUUUCACCCCAAUAUCCAGACUCCUCCAAAGGAUGUCAGAGGAAAGGCAAAAUCUUUAGGUUGAAAAGCAACUCCAGACUUGAGCUUUAUCCACCAGGCUCUCUAGCAGCUGUCUGAGCAGCCUGCUCUGUGUAGGGUCUUCUUUCUGGAGCCUGGUGUUACCUCUUACCAGAAGAGUGGUGCUGACAGUAGUGAGCCUUGGCAAACAUUCCGGACAAUUUGAAAGCACAGAUGUGUUUUGAAUGUUCACUGGCUAUGAUUAGCAGUGAACAUUACAGGUCACAAUCUUAGCUAAUGGCAUUAUGUGGAUAUUUACCAUGUUAAAUCUUGAUUUGGAUUUAAGAUUUCUAUAUUACCUAUAGCUUUCUUGAGAUAAAAAGUUACAUUUCACUUUUUACUGGGGGAAAUUGAACUAUCAUAUAAAUAUGAAAGUAAAGGUUUCCCCCUUGUUUCCAAGGCAAAUAGUAUCAAGUCGAUAUAGCUGUCAAACCAGAUCCCCAAUAAAAUGAAGAGAAUUUGAGCUUUCUCACGCACACUCAUUUGUCCAUGAUCAGUUGUUGGCCAUUCACCCUUUCCCUCUUUCUGCCUCACUCUGCCUCUGACCCAAAGGGUAAUCUUCUCUCCUCCUAACUCUUCCAUCAGUAUCUCCAAGCAGGCGAACGUAGGAAGAAUGACAGAGGCACCAAAUGUAAGUCUGUAAGCAAAGAUUUCCUGACGUCCUUAGUUUUGUCAUCUGUGUGCAGACACAGGAACGUGCCCAUCUACAGUCUUGGACUUGGGCUUCAUUCUUCACCAAGGGGACUCCUUUUUGCAUGAGGCUUUAUGAUGAAAAUGUGGUAGUUCUUCCUUCCUGUUUAUUAUUUUCCCCUCUAGAUUAAACCUCAUUCAUUGUAAAAUCUUCUAUGUUGGAACUAGUGCUAAUGAAAUGGAGACAAACUGAUAUUUCUCAUGGUAAAUGCUUUCCCUGUUAAUUUAUGGAAAAAAUAAGUUGCUCAUUUAUUUACUAUGUAAGUUUCUCCAGUGCAUAAGGUGUAUGGACAUAUCUAAACGUCUGACUUGAAGUCCCCUCAGCUACUUCAAGAAACAACAUUUUAGGCAAACCCAUUAAAUAUGCUGAUAACAGCUGCACAUUUAAGUCUGUCACUUGGAGUAAACUAUUAGCAAUUUUUUUUCCAAUUGAAGCGACUGAUAAGUGCCUUUUGCCUGGAUCUGGUGUAGCUUAUGGCACAAGGUGGGAACUCAAUACGUUAUUUGUGGAGUGAAAGAGCGAAGCUGUCACAGUACAGUUGUGAUAUAUUGUCAUAAAGGCGUAAAUGCAGAGCUGCGGGAGCACAAGUCUAUAUGAAUUUGAGAGAAAAGAAAUUACAUUUAUUUUUCAUGGUCUUCACUCUCAGACUUCCCUGCUCCGUUAGAACAGUGAGGCUUUAUGGUAGGCUGUGCACAGAAAGCAGAAUCUGAACAGCCAGUGAAGGUUUGGUCUCUAAUGAGACCAUGUUACCUUGAGGAACUUAAUCCCAAAUUGAGACGAUAAGCGUAAGAAAAACCAAUGUUUGAGACAAGCAGUGGGAAGCUUGGCUGACCACAUUUUUCAGUCAGCUUGAACUCAAUCUUCAAAAUCCUGGCAAAGAAAGAAAGAAAUGUAUUUGUGUAAUAAGACUCAGAUGUUGCUUUUCUCUUGACUCCCAAUGGUGGGAAAAGUACCUGAGGAUGACUCUGCAGUAACACCUGCAGCCAUGCGUCGUGACCUCUAGGCCUUCAGAGGGCACUUCACACAUGCACCUCUUUCAUCCUCAUAAAAUUCGGGUGGCAUCAGCCUGUGUCUCUUGCUGAUGGUAUGUCCUUGGGUUUAAGUUUCUUAGCUUUUCUGAGCCUCAGCUUUCUCAUCUGUGAAAUGGGGAUCAUUCCUACCUCACAAAGUUGAAAGCAGACAUUCUUAAAUUUGAGUGUGCUUUUUUAUUUAA